AAGUGUUCCAGAGCUGUUGCACGAGUUCUGAAGACGAGAAUAAUUACCUCACGGCAGUAGGUGAACUCGUGCAAUCUCAAUGGGAAGACGCGUUCAAGCAUGGAAAAAUCAGAAGAAAUCGAGCGAUUCUUCCAAAUCGCCAAGAAAUUAACUCUCGAAGCCGGCAAGUUAUUAAAGGCUGCGCUCGAAUCCGAGAAAAAGGUAAUGGCGAAAGGCAAUCAAGGUGACAUCGUCACGGCUAGUGACCAGGAAAUUGAGAAGAUUUUGAUUUCUGGACUGUCGUCCGCAUUUCCAGAGCACAAAUUCAUUGCUGAGGAGUCGACGGAAAAUGCCCAACAAGUGCUGACAAACGCCCCCACAUGGAUCAUCGACCCAAUAGAUGGUACAGUAAACUUCGUCCACUCGUUCCCCCAGUGCUGCAUCUCAAUAGGCUUGACGAUAGAUAAAAUACUAGAGGUGGGGAUCAUUUACAAUCCGUCUAAUGACGAGUUGUACACUGCAAAGAGGGGGCAGGGGGCAUUUUUGAAUGAAAAAAAGUUGAGAGUUUCAGACGUGACAGAAUUAUCAGAAGCUCUGAUGAUCAUCGAGCCUGGGGUCCUCAGACGAACGAGGGCCCACCUGGACAUUGCCAAGGGGCGGAUGGAAGUCCUCUGUUCCUCAGCUAGAGGAAUCAGAAAUGUGGGAUCGGCAGCUCUGGCAUUGGCAUACGUAGCGAGAGGUAUAAUAGACGUUUUCCAUCUGGACUACAUGCAGCCCUGGGACGUGGCAGCGGGAUUUUUAUUGGUAACAGAGGCCGGAGGAACUGUUAUCGACACAAAAGGCGGACCUCCCAACCUCCUGGAGCCCUUGAUAAUAGCGUCGGGGACCUCUCAACUCGCCCAGGAAGUUUCUCAACUAAUAAUUGAAACGGACUUGAAGAUACAAAGAAAACGACUGAAACGAACAUAAAUUACCCCGCGAUUUUUACAAUGUAGUUAUAGUAAUGACGUCUCACGGUAGAAUGACAAUCAGAAAAAAAAAACAAGUGGGGAAUUGCUCCUGUAUUGCAUAGAGUAGUCAUUUUUACUAAUAAAUUAGCAAUAUGCUUCCCAA